AUGUCGGAUCGCUCCGGCGUUACCUCCACCGCAUCCCAAACUCCGGCCCGUCGUAGAGCCCCCAGAAUCCUCAUUUCCUCCUCGUCUUCGUCCUCAUCUUCGUCUUCGUCCUCAUCUUCAUCUUCAUCCUCUCCUCCUCCUCUCUCUUCUUCCUCUGCUUCUAAUCCCAACUUUCACAUUCCUGACCUGCUCGAGCCCAUUGAUAUUAUGAGCUCUCCAUCCGCCCAUUCUCCUUUCGCCCGCGCCUUGGAUGAGGCGGCCGAACUUGAUGCUUUCAUCGAUCAGCAGGCCAUCUCCAUUCCCUCCCCCAAGUCCCCACAUGAUUCCCCUGGCGGAGCCCAGGGUGGGGUAGGUGAGGAUAGGGAUUCCUCGGAAGGGACCCCUGCUGCUGAGCAGGGGGAUGAUCCCGAAAUCGACUACGGUCAACCUGACCAGCAAGAGGUCACCCUCUCACCCGGGGUCGUGGCCGAGCUGGCUAGGUCCUUUUCCAUUCCUCCGGCCUUCGAGCCGAGGGCUGCCGGGCCCAGCGACUGA